UAAGUUAAACCCUCGUGUUUCCUCAGACUUCGUCUUUGUCUGCUGCUGUCGUCUAACACUCAGCCAUGAUCCGCCAAGCUGCUGUGCUCAGUGUCCUCCUCUGCUUCGCCAGCAGUUUUGUGAUCCAGGCUUCUUUUGACAAGACGGAUGAGUCCUCUGACUCUUUGUUCUCUGCAGGAAACAGCAUUGAUGAGGAUGAAUUCAGUGUGUCCACGCUGUUAGAGAAGGCAAAUCGAAACCUUGGUCAGAACCCAGACGAGCCCCUGGUGCUGUACGGAGACAUAGCUGUGCCCACAGGUCUGCAGAACGCCGACCCCUGCACUCGGAGAGGCUGCCUGUGGCCCAAAGCCACAGAUGGCAACGUCUAUGUACCGUACCGCAUCAGCCAGGAUUACUCUCAAAGAGAGACAAACCUCAUCCGUCAGGGUUUGCAGUCCUUCGCCCAAUCCACCUGCAUUCGCUUCACCCCCUUGAAUAGACAGCGGGACUUCGUGGACAUCAAAUCCAGCACAGGGUGUUUCUCUUUUGUCGGGCGUCGAGGCAGAAACCAGACGGUGUCUCUGAGCCGUCGGGGCUGUGUUUUCACUCAGAUCAUCCAACACGAGCUGCUCCACGCCCUGGGCUUUGACCACGAGCAGACUCGAUCGGACAGGGACCAGCAUGUUCGCAUCCUGUUUGAAAACGUCAUACGUGGAAUGGAGUUCAAUUUCAGGAGAAUAGACACAAACAACCUCAACACUCCCUACGACUACAACUCUGUCAUGCACUAUUCAAGGUUUGCUUUCUCCAGGAACGGGCAGCCAACCAUUCUCCCCAUCCCCAACAACAACGUCGCCAUUGGCCGAGCGACCCAGAUGAGUCCUACCGACAUUCUGCGAGUGAACCGCCUUUAUGGCUGCAAUGCAACUGAUCAAACACUUGAACCCGAAGAGGAAGAUGUUUUCUUCUAAAGAUGGAGGGAAUCAACAGAAGACUGAAGACUGAAGACUGAAACAGCUUUUUAUCAGCAAGCAGAGCCAGAUAUGCGUAUUGUGCUUCAUGAAUGUGUGCAAAUGAUGAUUUGAUUUAAUUAGCUUUUGUGCUGCACUGCUGAGAAACAAAGGUGUGCAGAGACGCUCAUAUAUAACUCUUUGCUUGCAGCUUGAUUGGAUACCAAUGAUAAAUAAAGAUAUAUAUGCACAAAUGUGAAA